AAUCUUCUUAAACAGGGAGACAUUUGGUUUUAGGUUGAUCUUUUUUUAGGUUGAUCUGUCUGGUUCUCUGAGCAUGUUCUUGGCGAUCUACGAAGUGACAAUGGAAGCUAAAGCAGUGUUUAACAAGUGAAUCUAUGAACUACUACAGUAGAUAGGUUGGUCACUCACUCAUUCAUUCUUUAACGGAACAUUAUUCCCGUUUUUAUGAUCAAAAUCCGCUGACGUUACAUGCAGUCACCUCUUUUCACUUCCAAGCGAAUUAAAUCUACCCUGCUUGUCCUCAAGUAAACCCUCAGUUGUUCUUCGGCGUGGCUUUGGCAUCCAAAAUGAGGAUGAUCACCUUCUUUGUGAUUGGGCUGACAGUCCACGUGGUCUUCUUCAUCUCUAUCUUUGAUAUCUACUUCACCUCUCCUCUGGUCCAUGGCAUGACGCCCCACUCCACACCCCUGGAACCCCCUGCUUCCAGACUGGUGUUAGUGGUGGCCGAUGGUCUCAGAGCAGACAGUCUUUUCACCCCGCUCACUAAUGGCUCAUCCAGGACACCAUACCUGAGGAGUAUAAUAGAGGACAAGGGGACCUGGGGCGUGUCACACACACGUGUGCCUACUGAGUCUCGGCCUGGUCACGUUGCUCUCAUCGCUGGCUUCUAUGAGGAUGUCAGUGCAGUUGCUAAAGGCUGGAAGGAAAAUCCUGUAGAAUUUGACUCUGUGUUUAAUGAGAGCAGACACACCUGGUGCUGGGGCAGCCCUGAUAUCCUGCCUAUGUUUGCCAAAGGCGCUAGUGGGGACCAUGUGUAUACCCACACAUACCCAGCAGUGGAGGAGGACUUUGCCUCCACAGAUGCAUCCAAGCUGGACAGCUGGGUGUUCACUCAAGUCAAAUCCUUCUUUAAGUCUGCACAGUCUAACUCCACUCUGAAGGCCAGCCUAUGGGAGGAUAAAAAUGUCUUCUUCCUGCAUCUGCUCGGAAUUGACACUAAUGGACAUGCUCACAGACCAAUGUCGCAAGAAUACCUAGACAAUAUUGGUCUAGUAGAUGCAGGUUUAGCUGAAGUGGCGUCUAUAAUAGAGGACUUCUUCGACAAUGAUGGCAGAACAGCCUAUGUGUUUACCUCUGACCACGGCAUGACAAACUGGGGUUCCCACGGUGCGGGCCAUCCUUCUGAAACGCUAACCCCUUUAGUGGCAUGGGGAGCUGGGGUUCAGAAAGCCAAGGGAGUCACAGAACCCCAACCAUACAAUGAUGGGUUCCUACAAGACUGGAAACUGGAGCAUCUUCGUAGAGUCGACGUCAGUCAGGCUGACAUUGCUCCGCUCAUGGCUUCCCUCAUUGGUGUGCCUAUUCCUGUUAACUCUGUUGGCGUGCUACCUCUUCUCUACCUUAACAACAGUGAGCGGUUCAAGGCUGAAAGCAUGUACACUAAUGCUAUUCAAGUACUGGAGCAGUUCAAGAUGAAAAUGAUGCAGAAAAAGGAGACAACCUUAACUUUUCUCUUCACCCCAUACCAACUCCUGACUGAGUCAAAACAAGCAGAAUUCACCCAGAAGGCCCAAAUACUCAUUCAGCUGGAGAAGUACGAGGAUGCUAUCUCUUUGUGCCAGUCUCUGAUUUCUCACUCUCUGGAAGGCUUGGUUUACUACCACACCUAUGACAGAUUCUUCCUCGGUUGCAGUGUGGUGCUGGGAUUUGUAGGCUGGACCUCAUAUGUCGUCUUAGUCAUACUGAAGACUCACGCAAGUCUCAACAGACAUCCUAAUCUCACUAAACAGAUUCCUGGCCAUAACUUGGCAAGGCUGUGCACGUGCGUGGCGGUGGUGAUCACAGUCUUCCUGCUUAUUCAAAGAAGCCCCAUAACCUACUAUAUUUACUGCCUGCUGCCUGUCCCUGUGUGGUAUUCUGUUCUGAAAGAGUCUGGAACUCUGAGAGAUUUGAUUCAGACAGCCCCUUCUCUCCCACUGUGGAAAUGUCUGGGCUAUUUUGUGCUGGUGGCAUUUGGGAUUGAGCUGCUGGUGGUGAGCUUCUUCCAUCGCGCCAUGCUGACUGUAGGGCUGGCUGUUCUCUCUCUCUGGCCCUUCUUGUCGGGGCUUUUUGGCAAGGCUAAGUCACGCUCACUGAGCUGGCUUGUGGGCUGUCUGUGUUUAGCUGCUUUCCCCCUCAUGCCUGUUGUGGGUAGAGAGCCUAACAUACAUCUGGUAACCUGUGCAGGUCUGCUCGCUCUUUUCACCUCAGCUUGCUACCUCUGGUCAUCUCGACGGAGGACACCGCUGCACCUCGGUGACAGACCACAGUUUGUCAUACAGAUGCUCCUUGUUGCUGUGUGUGCAUACGUGCCAUCCCUCACACACUCCAGCCUGCAACAGAAACAGGGCCUACCCCUUCUUAAUCAGAUCAUAAGUUGGAGCACAUUAGCAUCUUCUAUAUUUGUUCCUUUGCUGAGCUCAACACGACUUUUUCAUCGACUCCUCAGCAUAUUCCUGUCUCUCAUUUCCACCUACCUGCUGCUUAGCACUGGGUCAGAGGCUUUGUUCCCCCCUGUGUUAUCCUGGUUAAUGUUUGUGUGGAUUAACAUCGAACAGGAAGCCUUGCUUGCUCAGGGCAUGUCUGGUAGGGAAGAGUUAUCCACCAUCGAUUUCUCUGCAAACAUCGACAUCACCAAGAUUCGACAGCUGAAGCUGGAUGACAUCCGAAGGUCCUAUUUUUUUGUAUUUUUUAUAAUAACAGCAUUCUUUGGCACAGGAAACAUUGCGUCCAUAAACAGUUUUGACCCAGCAUCUGUUUAUUGUUUCCUCACUGUUUUCAACCCUUUCAUAAUGGGAGGGUUGAUGAUGUGGAAGGUUAUCAUUCCAUUCAUCAUAGUCAUGUGUACAUUUGAGACCAUCCAAGUUGCAACGCAGCUAUCAUCAAGGAGUUUGUUCCUCAUCGUCCUGGUUAUCUCUGACUUGAUGGCUCUGCAUUUUUUCUUCAUGGUGCAGGACUAUGGCAGCUGGUUGGACAUUGGCACAAGCAUUAGUCACUAUGUGAUAGUGAUGUCAAUGACGAUCUUUCUCAUGUUGCUGAGUGUGGUUACACAUGUUCUCACUUCACAAAGACUCGUCCUGUGGAGGCAACGCAAGAUGCACUUCCCCUAGUAAAUGUUACCAUGUGUCUUAAACAAGAUAUUUAACAGUGUACCUAUUUAACUGUCUUAUUUCAAAUAUGUUUUAUGUUUCGUCGUAUUGUUUUAAUUUUUUUAUAGACAGCAUAGAAAAUCUUAGGAAUCCAAAUACUACAAAAUUACUUGUAACGAUACCUUUUUUGCAGAGUGGCCUAAGACCUUUGCACAGUACUGUGUUGUGUUCUUUUGUACAAAUGCACUCAGUCUUAGUUUCAUUUGUGAAUUUGUAAUAGGCUGCUGCAAAUAUGACUGUGAAUUGAGUUUUUGAUGAGGGUGUUGAUUUGCAACAUAAUACAAUGGGACUGUACCUCAGUAAGAAAACAUUUUGGCCACAUGUUGCUUGUCACAUUUGCAUAUUUUACUCUGUACAUGUGUCACUGAAAGGGUUCAAUCGUGUGAACAAAUGAGGAAAAGCAUUAGUAAUAAUAAUUGAUUUAUGAACCGCAUGCAAAAAGCAAACAAAUGCUUUUGUGUGUGUUAUUCUUCUGCUCUUUCAUGAUUUCAUGCUGCUACGAUAAAUGGUCUGGUGAAAGUAUGUAACAUGAUACUUCAUUACGCUGCCUAAAAUGUAUGUUUCUUUAGUGUGAAAAGGGAUGUUUUAACUUAUUUUGACUACGUGUGUAUCAAUAAAACUGAAGGAUUGGAG